GUGCGCUGGGGCCGUGUUUCCGGGGGACAGUAGGUGUUGCUGCACAGUAAGAUGGCGGCUCAGCAGGAGGAAGCGGUGCGAGAGUUUGUGUCGGUGACCGGCUCAGAGGAGGAGAGAGCGCGGUUCUUUCUCGAGUCCGCCGGCUGGGACCUGCAGUUAGCACUAGGCAGUUUCUAUGAGGACGGAGGAGAUGAUGAAGACAUAGUGACACUACCACAGCCGCCCCCAGGCUCCACUUCUCGUGGUUCUGGACCUAGUGAUCACAGGGUGACGUCUUUCAGAGACUUGGUGCACGCACAGGAAGAGGAAGAAGAAGAAGAGGAAGGGCAGAGGUUUUAUGCUGGUGGCUCAGAGAGAAGUGGUCAGCAAAUCGUUGGUCCUCCAAGAAAGAAGAGUCCUAAUGAACUGGUGGAAGAUCUUUUCAAAGGAGCCAAAGAACAUGGAGCGGUUGCUGUGGAUAGAGCUACCAAAAGCCCUGGAGAAAGCAGCAAUCGGGCAUUGCCUUUUGCAGGUGGUGGGUACAGACUUGGGGCAGCUCCAGAGGAGGAAUCAGCCUAUGUAGCUGGUGCUCGCAAACACCAUCAAGGACAGGAUGUCCACGUGGUUCUGAAGCUCUGGAAAAACGGAUUCAGUCUGGACGAUGGUGAAAUGCGUAGCUAUCAGGACCCCAGCAAUGCGCAAUUCUUGGAAGCAAUACGCAGAGGUGAGAUUCCAGGUGAGCUUCGCAGACUUGCUCAGGGCGGACAGGUGAACUUAGAUAUGGAAGACCACCGUGAUGAAGACUUUGCGAAAGCUAGAACUUCCUUCAAAGCCUUCGCAGGAGAAGGGCAAAAACUGGGCAGUACGACCCCCAAUGUCCUCAGCGCAGCAUCCCCGUCACAGCAGGCUGAGAAUGAGGCCAGAGCCAGCUCAUCAGUGAUUAUCAACGACUCUGAUCCCAUUACUAACAUCCAGAUUCGACUGGCAGAUGGGGGGAGACUUGUGCAAAAGUUCAAUCACAGUCAUAGGAUCUGUGACAUCCGUAUGUUUAUUGCGAGCGCCCGACCAGCCAUGGCUGCCACCAGCUUUGUGCUCAUGACAACUUUUCCAAACAAAGAGCUGACAGAUGAAAACCUGACCCUGAAGGAAGCAAACCUUCUAAAUGCCGUCAUUGUGCAGCGAUUAAUAUGACAUCACGUUCCCCCCUUCCCGGCAUUCUGUUCCACUCUUACUUGCUGUUCUAACCUCCGCUGGUAAAAGGGAGCCAUUCUGUCUUGUAGUCCUGGGUUCCCCAAUGCUUCGGGUGGACUCCUAAUAUCCUCUCUAGACGUACAUUUUGCAGGAUUUGUAAUAAGCGUUGGACUUAAAAAGUGAAAUAAAUAGGAAAUAAACCAACAAA